AUGAAAAACGAGGAAGGUAUGUACAACGAGAGCCAAAGCGCAGAAGAUAACCCCCAGGGUAGCAAGUAUCAUGGGAAAGGCGCCAAUGAAAAGGGGGGGAAACCCUGCGGAUCCCAAGUGAGCACGGAUGAUAAUGUUUCUAACGGAGCGGGGUCGCACGAGGACACGGACUCGAAGGAGAGGGACCCGGACGCAAAUGACGAGUCGGACAUGCCAGGGGAGGACUCACCCCAAGAACAGGGCAAUGCGGAAAAGGCACCUAUCGAAGCAGUUAAAGAAACAGAUCCUACUGUGAAAGAACCCAAAGAGUGUCAUCCUAAGGGGCAGGAAUCAAAAGAGGGUGAAUCCACAGAGGGGAGUCCUAAUGCGGAUGCCCCCCAAACGGGGGACACCCCUUCCGAGGAGGCCAAAAAAAACGUCAGCCUCGAGCUGCUCAAAAUAUGUGACGCCCUGAAAAACCUGGGCAACAAAUAUUUCAAGGAGAACAACUACUUGAUAUCUCUUAAGUACUACACAGGAGCGAUCGACUUGAUAAAAAAGGUCUACGAGGUUGACGACCCUGUUUGUAUGGACCUACUAAACAGUUUAAGCGUGGAAGCUUUGUCAAGUGAAUUCCCCAUAGAAGAGGAGGAUGUCAAAUUGUUACAAGAAUUUUACCUGAACAGUGGCAUUACUAAAAAGGGUGAAUAUAUUAGCGUGAAAGAAACGGACAUGCAUAUAUACUACACGAAUAGAUCCUUCUGCCACAUGAAAUUAGAAAAUUACGGCUCGUCUAUAGAAGACAUUGAUGAAGCUUUAAAAAUUAAUCCAUUUUACGCAAAGGCCUACUACAGAAAGGGCUGCUCCUUCCUAAUGCUAUCAGAUUUGAAGAGCGCAUCUGACUGCUUUCAGAAGGUGCUAAAACUAACUAAGGAUAAAAACUCGGAAAUAAAAUUAAAGCAGUGUAAAAAAUUGCUAUUUGAGCAACAGUUCCAGAAGGCCAUUGAGUUAGAGCAGAAAUUGCCCUACUACGAAACGGUGGUGUUGGAUUCUCUUAAAAUUGAAAAUGUGAAAGCCCCCAUUUAUGAUAGAAACAAUUUAAGUAUCGAUUUUUUACAAAAAGUUGCAGACUAUAUAAGUGUGCCCGGUCAAAGGUUAAAUAAGAAAUGUGUUUGUGCUAUCGUCUUAGACGUUAUCAAAUUGCUUAAGGAACUACCCACCUUAGUUCGUCUAAAUUUAGAAGAAGAUGAAACGUUAACCAUAUGUGGAGAUAUCCAUGGCCAAUUUUACGACCUCCUUAAUAUUAUGAAAAUAAAUGGGUACCCAUCGGAAACGAAUUCCUACUUGUUUAAUGGGGACUUCGUUGAUAGAGGAAGUUUCUCUGUGGAAGUUAUUAUAUUUUUAUUUCUGGCCAAACUGACCUUCCCUAAUAAUGUACAUUUGACAAGGGGAAAUCACGAAACGGAUAAUAUGAACAAGUUGUAUGGAUUUUUAGGAGAGUUACAAGAAAAAUAUGAUGAGAAGAUGCACGCGCUUUUUUCUGAUUCGUUCAAAUUUUUACCCCUAGCUUAUGUACUUAAUGACACCAUUUUUAUUUGCCACGGGGGAAUCCCCAGCAAAACAGACACCACAUUGGAGGACAUUGAAAAAAUUGACAGAAAUACGGAACCCAUGGAUGAAGGCAUCAUGACCGAUUUGUUAUGGUCAGACCCAAAUGAAGAAAAGGGAUUUAAGCCCUCCAAAAGGGGAAUUGGAUUUUCCUUUGGCACUGACAUUACCGAAAGCUUCCUCAAAAGGAACAACCUAAGUCUCAUAAUUAGGUCGCACGAAGUGAGGGAUGAGGGCUACUCGAUUGAGCAGAACGGCAUGCUUUACACCGUUUUUAGUGCCCCUAACUACUGCGAUAUUAUGAAGAACAAGGGCGCGUUUCUGAAGUUCAAGGGGCGGUCUGUCAAGCCUAAGUGCAUUACCUUCACGGAGGUAAAGCACCCCAAUGUGCCGUCUCUGAAGUACGCGCACAAUUUAUACCAGAAUAUUUAG